UUAUCCGCUUCUGUUUCUAUAGUCACAUUUUUUCAUAUUCAAUCUUUCACAAUUUUCUCUCUAAUACUAAUGGAGCUCCGUUACCUAAGAAACUUCCCAUUUGAAGCAGUUACAUUGUUGUUGUUGCUGAACCAAGUUGUGAAUGCUAGUGUUGGCAAUGACCCGUGUCGUUUUCCGGCUGUUUUCAACUUUGGUGACUCGAAUUCUGAUACUGGUGGCUUGUCUGCGGCGUUUGGACAAGCCGGACCGCCUCAUGGAGAGUCAUUCUUUCAUGGUCCGGCUGGUAGGUAUUGUGAUGGCCGUCUAGUUAUCGACUUUAUAGCACAAAGCUUUGGCCUGCCAUACCUUAGUGCAUAUUUAGAUGCCCUUGGUUCGAACUUCACCCAUGGAGCCAACUUUGCCACAGCUGGUUCAACAAUUAGACCCCAGAAUACAACCCUCCAUCAAAGUGGGUUCAGCCCAUUUUCCUUAAAUGUUCAAUGGUACCAAUUCAAUGAUUUUCAUCACAGGGUCCAAACUUUUCGUGCUCGUAAAGACGAUGGUAUUUUUAAGAAGUUGAUGCCGAAAACCAAAGAUUUUGAACGUGCGUUAUACACGUUUGAUAUUGGGCAAAAUGAUUUAACCGCGGGCCUAUUUCAAAACCUGACUGUUGAUGAGGUUAGGGAAAGUGUUCCUGAUAUUUUGGGCCAGUUCAAAAGUGUCAUCAAGAGUGUGUACGAUCAAGGAGGACGAUUCUUUUGGAUACACAAUACAGGCCCAUUUGGAUGUCUACCAUAUGUGAUGGCUCGGCAACUAGUCACGGCUGGAGAAAUAGACAGAUACGGAUGUGUGGGCCUAUUUAAUGAACUCGCUCAGUUUUUCAACCAUCAAUUAAAAGAAAUUGUUAACCAGCUGCGAGAUGAACUACCCAAGGCUGCAAUCAUCUAUGUUGAUGUCUAUUCAGUCAAGUAUGAACUCAUUACCAAAGCCAAACGACACGGGUUUGUGCAUCCAUUAAGAGCAUGUUGUGGUCAUGGAGGAAAGUAUAACUUCAAUUUGCAUAUGGGAUGUGGUGGAAAAGUCAAAGUCAAUGGCAAAGAUAUCCUAAUUGGUAAAGCAUGUGAAGAUCCAAAUGUUAUGAUCAAUUGGGAUGGGGUUCACUACACUCAAGCAGCCAAUGAAUGGGUCUUUAACCAAAUUGUAAACGGGUCAUUCUCUGACCCGCCAUUGCCGCUAGGAUUAGCUUGCUAUAAAGAAUCCUAAGAGGGAACGUUUUGUUAGAGAUUAUUAUAGAGGAAGCUUGAAUAGUAAGGCAGAAUAAAAUUAAGCUUGUCCAUUCAGCAUUUAUCAUGUUAAAUAUUUAUAUGGUUUAUCAAGGAAGAGUACAUGAUGAAGUCACUUUUGAUGUA